AUGGCACCUGCAGGCAGGAGUGUUGUUGUGGUAGCGCUCUCGUUGCUAUACUUGUCACGAGCAAUAAUUUCUACUGAAUAUUUCUCGACACUCACUUUCUUUAACAGCGAACUUCACAAACAUGGAUGUAGCUCGCCCUCUGAAUGGGAGGACUACGCCGCCGACUGUGAGUCCUCUAUCCUUCAGUUAGAAGACCCAGAGUGUGAAGAAGGGUCAAACCCGCCUUGUGAGUCAGUCUUCUCCCUCAAUGCGGAGAAAAUUCUGAACCAGGCAAAGUUGUUUGUUGAGCAGAAGAGAUUUCCUUUUGCUGUAGACAACAGCAACACCAACGAAGAACUUGCCAUAGGCUAUGUUCUUAUUGGGAAUGGGCUGUAUGAUGAAGCCAUCAAACAUUUCUCCCUCUUACUACAGGGGGACCCUGAGCUCAUCAGUGCUAUCUACGGUAGAGGCAUAGCCUAUGGGAAGAAAAGUUUGCAGGACAUAAAGAACGCUGACUUGGCUCUGUAUGAGCUGAGUAGGGUUAUAGCGUUGGAACCAAAUCGUCCUGAAGUGUAUGAGCAGAGGGCAGAGAUUCUGUCCCCGUUGGGUCGAAUCAGUGAAGCUUUGACGGACCUUUCCAAAGCCAUUCAGCUCCAGCCUUCUGCCCGCCUCUACAGACACAGAGGGACGCUUCUCUUCAUCUCAGAGGACUAUGUCGCUGCGAUGGAGGACUUCCAGCAGUCUCUGGAGCUGAAGAAGAACCAGCCAAUCGCCAUGCUCUAUAAAGGCCUUACCUUCUUCCAUAGAGGAAUGCUCAAGGAAGCCAUUGAGACUUUUAAAGAGGCCCUAAAAUUGAAGUCUGAUUUUAUAGACGCAUAUAAAAGCCUGGGACAGGCCUAUAGAGAGCUGGGAGACUUUGAGUCAGCGAUGGAAAGCUUCCAGAAGGCCCUGAUGUUGAAUCAAAACCACAUCCAGUCACUGCAGCUCAGAGGAAUGAUGCUCUACCACCAUGGAAACCUGCAAGAGGCCAUUGGAAACUUUAAGCGAUGUCUCCAGCUGGAACCCUAUAACGAAGUGUGUCAGUACAUGAAGGGCCUGAGUCACGUGGCCAUGGGGCAGUUUUACGAGGGAAUUAAAGCCCAGACUAAAGUUAUGCUUAACGACCCUCUCCUGGGCCAGAAGGCCAGCUCUGAAUUCCUCAAAGUUAAAUACCUCAGAGAAUACUCGCGUUAUUUGCACUCACACUUGGACAUACCUGUAGCAGAAUAUAAUGUGGAUCAAGAUCUUCCAGGGAACUUUAAGAACCACUGGGCCAAGAAUCUGCCCUUCCUCAUUGAGGAUUACGAGGAACAGCCAGGCCUGCAGCCUCACAUCAAGGAUGUUCUUCCGCAGAACUAUGAGAGUUACAGUGCUGACGUGCAGAGGCUGAUCUGUACGGCUGAUGUACUGGGUGCUUUGAUGCAGUAUGACACAGCAGGCUUCCUGCCCAACCUGCGAAUACACAGAGCCAUGGGGCUGGCCACACUGGAGGUCAUGCAGGGUUUACAAAAGACGUGGACAAACUCAAAGGUCCGCGUGAACGGCAAAACCAGACAGCUUCAGUGGAGAGACAUGUUUGAUAUAGCUGUCAAAUGGAGGAGGAUUGCAGAUCCAGAUCAGCCUGUCCUGUGGCUUGAUCAGAUGCCAGCCAGAAGUCGAACUAGAGGAUUCAACAACCAUAUUAACCUAAUAAGGGGGCAGAUCAUCAACAUCAGAUAUCUGGAAUACUUUGACAGCAUCCUCAGCUUUGUCAAAGACAGAAUACUAGUUUACCACGGGGCGUACAACCCCAGAGGAGUGCAGGAGGUGAAGGAGGCGCUGGACAAUGUGAAGAAAGUGGAGGACCUCCUCCCCAUAAUGAAGCAGUUCAACAGUAAAACACGUGAUGGUUUCACAGUAAACUCUAAAGUGCCCAGCUUAAAGGAUCCUGGGAAGGAAUACGAUGGCUUCACCAUAACUAUCACCGGAGACAGAGUGGGUAACAUGCUGUUUUCCGUGGAGACACAGACGACAGAAGAGCGCACUCAGCAGUACCAGUCAGAGAUAGAAGCUCUUUACAAAGACCUGACUGUCAAGGGGAAAGCCCUAAUGCUCUCAUCUGAACUGGGAGAUGCAGACACAGUGUGUAAUUUAAUCCUGUCUCUGGUCUACUACUUCUGUAACCUCAUGCCCCUCUCUAGAGGGUCCAGUGUUGUGGCUUACUCUGUCGUCAUGGGCGCAGUGAUGGCCAGUGGUAAAGAGGUUAUGGGUAAAAUCCCGCCAGGGAAGCUGGUUGAUUUUGAAGCCAUGACAACCUCAAGUCCUGAUCGCUUCAGUAAGACAGCCAAGAACUGGAUGAACUUCAAGAGCCUACCAGGCUGGUACCAGAGUCUUCCGUCUGUAGCAGAAACAUUUCCCACAACCAGAACCAUGAUCGAGGUUCUGAACACAGACACCUCCUCACAUUGUCCCAUGAAGUCCUAAUGGGUUCUGAACGGGUCCUGAUCGGUGCUCUCCAAAAGAACAAAAAGGAUGUUUCUCUGGUUUUACCAUCUCUACUCACAGUCACCUGUCUCACCCCUCUCUUUGACUCGCAACUUUUAGAAACAGGAUUUCUUUACUGAUCUCUUUUAACAAGGAUAUUUUACUUUACUUGGCUAUAGAGCAUCUCUUCAACAAGUGAACUCACAUGAUUUUUCUUUUCCAUUUCCAAAAUACCACUAGGGAUUGGAUUAGAAUCAGACAUUUUAUGUAUUUGGACAGUUCUAUUGAUUCUUCUGGCCGUUUCUGAAUCUCCUCCUAAAACAAGAACAAGUGACUACUUCUGGAACUAAAUCAGUACAGACAUGUAACAGGGAUCCAGAGCUGGGGUUUUUUUGUUUUGUUUUUUAGUCUGUAUUCUUGCUCGUUUAAGCAGAGACAGUGAAGCAGGGGACUGUAGACUGGCAGCAGAUGUGGUAAACUUUGGGAUAUCAAGAAUAAAAUCCUUCAGGGUUGUUAAGUUCCAUUCUUAAUACUUGAAAAAAAAAACUCUUUAAAGUCUUCACAAAAAUGUUUGGAAAGAAAUUACACCAAUAAUGUUGUCUUUAAUUGAUCACUUUUUGUCAUUUUGUUAUAAGAACAAACAGGCAUGAAGUGAGCACUGUUUUGAUUUCUUGAAAUGUAUUAAUUUUGUUUUAGUUUUUAUUUUUUCCCCAUCUCACUAAGUCUGAAUGAUUCAGUUAACUGAUAGAUUUAUGUUCAGAAGUUGUUUAAGGACUGCCGAUCUGAUUUUUAUAAUGGCUGCUACUGAAUGGCCUGAAAAUGUGAAAUUCAGUUGUGUUGAUUUCAGUUGUUAACUUCUCACUGUACUGUGGCUUGAAAGAGCAACAUAUGCGUCAAAUGAAUGUUUUAUUUUUCAUUGUUUUUCUCACAUUUGAGGUGAAACUCAGAACAUUCAAUGUUUUCUUACCAAAAUCCUUUUGGAGGAACUGUUUUUGAAUUCCGUUUAAGUUUUUUCUCAGCUGACAGUCACGUAUGAGGAGAAAUUAUUUGUUUUUUUCAUUCCUGCAUUGAGUGAGUUUUUAAAGAGCAGUGAGUAAUAUGCCUUUUUCAGGAGGUAAAGAAGGGGAAUUUUAUACAAAUCUCAAAGUUUUAAACUUGAAGGAUGAAAAUCUGUGAGUCUUAA